AUUCAGUCAGACAAAGUUCUGCAUACUUUAUUGGAUAUUUAUUCAAAACCAGUGAUCUAUAUCUUGUUGUUGAGGCUCCAAAUGUGAUAUCCAUCCUGAUUAUUUUACUAAGUGAUUCAGAUUCAGCUACCGUGAAGGUUGCUUGGGAAGCAUUGUCUAGUGUGAUAAGUUCAGUUCCUGAAGAAGUUCUUCCUUCAUAUAUAAAGUUGGUUCGUGAUGUAUAGAAACAUGCCGGGAGGACCAGUUCUAAUACCUGGUUUUUGCCUCUGGAAAGCUCUUCAACCUGUGCUUCCUAUUUUCCUCCAGGGUCUUACAAGUGGAUCUGCUGAAUUAAGAAAGCAAUCCGCUUUGGGCCUUGCAGAUCUUAGCAUAUUCCAUGAAGUUGAUUGGAAUCGAAUUGUAGUGGAUGAAGCAGACACCAUAAAAUCCUGGAGAACUAUGAGUGCUAGGGCUGCAUUCACAUUGUCUGCACAUUGCAGGUGGUGUCUCACUGGUACUCCACUUCAGAAUAAUUUGCCAGAUCUUUACAGCCUUCUGUGUUUCUUGCAUGUUGAGCCAUGGUGCAAUUGGGCAUGGUGGAAUAAGUUAAUACAGAGACCUUAUGAGAAUGGUGAUCAGAGAGCAUUGAAACUGAUCAAGGCAAUUCUUAGGCCAUUAAUGCUUAGGAGAACAAAGGAAACGAAGGACAAGGAAGGGAGGUAGUUCAUUGUCUCGUUUUCUUGAAAACUCAAAGUUUAC